ACUUGAGUAAACGAUGUCGUUCAAAGCCGGGUUGCAGUGCAUGCCUAUGCGGAUAUUUGCAAGAGCGAGGUUUUUUCUCUAGUAACUCUCCCUUCGGCCUCUCUUCCACAGUUUUCAGUUUCAGUUCUGAUUGACACUCCAAUUCUCCGAAGGCGCACACACAUUACAUUACUGAGAGAUGAGUAUGUGGAACUAUGUUGUCACUGCCCACAAGCCGACCAACGUUACUCAUUCUUGCGUCGGCAAUUUCACCGGCCCGCAGGAGCUCAAUCUCAUCGUUGCGAAAUGUACUCGCAUCGAAAUUCAUUUACUGACUCCUCAAGGUUUACAGCCUAUGUUGGAUGUGCCAAUAUAUGGAAGAAUUGCUACGCUUGAACUUUUUCGUCCACAUGGUGAAACACAAGAUCUUCUUUUCAUUGCAACUGAAAGAUACAAAUUCUGUGUUCUUCAAUGGGAUGCAGAGGCAUCAGAGGUUAUUACAAGAUCAAUGGGGGAUGUAUCAGAUCGAAUCGGCCGUCCCACAGAUAAUGGGCAGAUUGGCAUAAUUGACCCAGAUUGCAGAUUGAUUGGACUUCAUCUAUAUGAUGGAUUAUUCAAGGUUAUACCUUUUGAUAACAAGGGCCAUCUUAAGGAAGCAUUUAAUAUCAGGCUUGAGGAACUUCAAGUUUUGGAUAUAAAAUUCUUGUAUGGUUGCCCAAAGCCUACAAUUGUUGUUCUUUACCAGGAUAACAAGGAUGCUCGUCAUAUCAAAACAUAUGAGGUUUCCUUGAAAGAUAAAGAUUUUAUUGAGGGUCCAUGGUCUCAAAAUAAUCUUGAUAAUGGAGCGAGUUUGCUCAUCCCAGUGCCCCCACCAUUUUGUGGGGUACUUAUUAUUGGGGAAGAAACCAUUGUAUAUUGCAGUGCAACAGCUUUUAAAGCAAUCCCCGUUAGACCUUCCAUCACAAGAGCCUAUGGAAGGGUUGAUGCUGAUGGUUCUCGGUAUUUACUUGGGGAUCACAAUGGGCUUCUUCACCUACUUGUCAUCACUCAUGAAAAAGAAAAAGUUACUGGACUCAAAAUUGAACUUUUGGGAGAAACCUCGAUUGCAUCAACAAUAUCAUACCUGGAUAAUGCUUUUGUCUAUAUUGGCUCUAGUUGUGGUGAUUCUCAGCUUAUAAAGCUUAAUCUUCAACCUGAUGCUAAAGGCUCUUAUGUAGAAGUUUUGGAAAGAUAUGUCAAUUUGGGGCCAAUUGUGGACUUUUGUGUGGUUGACCUUGAGAGACAAGGUCAAGGUCAAGUUGUAACUUGUUCAGGAGCGUACAAAGAUGGUUCUCUUCGAAUUGUUCGUAAUGGAAUUGGGAUUAAUGAACAGGCCUCUGUGGAACUUCAAGGCAUCAAGGGAAUGUGGUCGCUUAGAUCAGCCACAGAUGAUGCAUAUGACACCUUCUUGGUUGUGAGCUUUAUUAGUGAGACACGCAUUUUGGCAAUGAACCUUGAGGAUGAACUGGAGGAGACUGAGAUAGAAGGCUUUCAAUCACAAGUCCAGACUUUAUUUUGCCAUGAUGCUGUCUACAAUCAGCUUGUGCAGGUUACUUCAAACUCAGUGAGGUUGGUCAGCUCUACCUCCAGAGAGCUGAAACAUGAAUGGUUUGCUCCAGCUGGGUAUUCAAUAAAUGUUGCAACAGCAAAUACCAUGCAGGUUUUGUUGGCUGCUGGGGGUGGUCAUUUAGUUUACCUAGAAAUUGGUGAUGGAACGUUUAGUGAAGUAAAAUAUGCCCAGUUAGAGCACGAUAUAUCUUGCCUGGAUAUCAAUCCAAUUGGCGAGAAUCCAAACUAUAGUCACCUAGCUGCAGUGGGGAUGUGGACAGACAUAAGUGUUAGGAUAUAUUCACUACCUGAAUUGAAUCUCAUCACGAAGGAGCACUUGGGAGGAGAAAUAAUUCCUCGUUCAGUUCUUUUAUGCUCUUUUGAAGGGAUAUCUUAUUUGCUAUGUGCCCUGGGAGAUGGUCACCUCUUGAACUUCAUUUUGAACAUGCAAAGUGGUGAGCUAACAGAUAGGAAAAAAAUAUCUCUCGGGACACAACCCAUAACGCUCCGUACUUUCUCAUCAAAAAAUGCUACGCAUGUGUUUGCUGCUUCUGAUCGGCCGACUGUCAUCUACAGCAGUAACAAGAAAUUGCUUUACAGUAAUGUUAACCUCAAAGAAGUUAAUCACAUGUGCCCUUUCAACACUGCUGCCUUUCCAGACAGCCUUGCAAUUGCCAAAGAAGGGGAGCUAACAAUUGGUACCAUUGAUGACAUUCAGAAGCUGCACAUUCGCUCCAUUCCCCUUGGAGAGCAUGCACGCCGUAUCUGCCAUCAAGAAGAGACUCGUACCUUUGCUGUAUGUAGUUUGAAGUACAACCAGUCAAACGCAGAAGAUUCUGAAAUGCAUUUUGUCCGCUUGCUAGAUGACCAGACCUUUGAGUUCAUAUCAACAUAUCCACUAGAUCCAUUUGAGUACGGUUGUUCCAUACUUAGUUGCUCCUUCUCAGAUGAUAAUAACGUGUACUACUGUGUUGGGACUGCUUAUGUAAUGCCAGAGGAAAAUGAGCCUUCCAAGGGACGAAUAUUAGUUUUUAUAGUUGAAGAUGGGAAGCUCCAACUGAUUGCGGAGAAAGAAACUAAGGGAGCUGUAUACUCUUUGAAUGCAUUCAAUGGAAAAUUGCUUGCGGCAAUCAAUCAAAAGAUUCAGUUAUACAAGUGGAUGCUCCGUGAUGAUAGUACGCGUGAAUUGCAAUUCGAGUGCGGACAUCAUGGCCAUAUACUAGCCCUCUAUGUUCAAACUCGUGGAGAUUUUAUUGUUGUAGGUGACCUAAUGAAAUCGAUUUCUCUGCUAAUAUACAAGCAUGAGGAGGGUGCUAUUGAGGAGCGAGCUCGUGAUUAUAACGCUAGUUGGAUGUCGGCUGUUGAGAUUGUGGACGAUGACAUUUACCUCGGGGCGGAGAACAAUUUCAACCUCUUCACCGUUAGAAAAAACAGUGAAGGUGCAACCGACGAGGAGCGCAGCCGUCUUGAGGUGGUCGGUGAGUACCACCUCGGUGAGUUUGUAAAUCGCUUCCGACACGGCUCCCUAGUCAUGCGACUGCCGGAUUCCGAUGUCGGCCAGAUACCGACUGUCAUUUUCGGGACGGUGAAUGGCGUUAUCGGGGUCAUAGCCUCUCUCCCUCAUGACCAAUACGUCUUCUUGGAGAAACUGCAGACACACUUGAGGAAAGUGAUAAAGGGCGUGGGAGGGCUGAGUCACGAGCAAUGGAGAUCCUUUUACAACGAGAAGAAAACCGUCGAUGCCAAGAACUUCUUGGACGGGGAUUUGAUCGAGUCAUUCCUAGAUCUCUCCCGGAAUCGGAUGGAGGAGAUAUCAAAGGCAAUGGUUGUUCCUGUGGAGGAACUCAUGAAGAGAGUUGAAGAGUUGACAAGGUUGCAUUAGCCACCCACACACACAAAAUCUUUUAUAAGUUAUCACUGUUGAUAAAUUUGGGGUAUCAUUUCCCAUUCCUGUAAACAUUGUAACUCUGUUUCUGCAUUUUCUUAUCAUGUGGCUCUGUGAUAAAAUGUUAUUUCAUUAUAUAAACCCAUAGGCCUUUUUUUGGGUUUUUUUAAGUAAAGUCUGUUCUUGAUGGGAGUCUCAUGGCACCAUCUGUUAGUGCUUGGGAUGAAGAUUAAAGGACAAUGCAAGAAUAUAAUAGGAUUUACAGUAUGAGUAUUCAAUUCAGAUGUGAGGAAUGUUUUGUUUACCCAAUGAAUUUUGUGAUAAUAUUUAGUUAAAUCUUUGUAAACAA